CAAAUACACUUUGCCGUCUCAAAUACUAUAAGUAACUUAAGACAAAAUACGCGUAGGCGUAAAUACAAUCGAGUGUUUUAAAUACGUCAAGCGAAGCCAUCGAUACCGCCCAUUGUGAAACUAUAUUCUGGUUUGGUCACACGUGUCUUAAUAAGUAGCUUAUAACAUUGAGACAUCGUAUCCGUUUAGAAAUAUCUAAAAUAUAUAGUCAAAAAGUGUCGCCAUAUCAACCAUGAAAACUUCAAUUUAUUUAUUUGUGAUAAGUUUCGGUUCGGCGCUAGGUGAUUUAGCAGGCGAAUGUGAUCUGGCCGGCUUUUACAUGGAGUUAGGCUGCACCGCGCUACCGAAAGCUGACAACACCACCAUUUGCCCAGAAGCAUUUUUGUGUCCUGAUCUCCACCCAAAUCCUAACAUGUGUUAUUAUAGAGGAACUCCCUACGCUGACAGGUCAAUGAUCCCACAAAACCUGAUCAACAAUCCGUGUUCCCAAGCGUGCAGUUGCAGCGUUACCGCAGGGCCGCAGUUCGACUGCGCUGCUGUAGACUGUGUCGAGACCUUCGACUCUGAUAUGAAGCAAGAAUGCAUCAAUACAUACGAGCUGGACUCAUGUUGCAGUACGGGUACUGUCUGCGGUAAAGACGCAAUCGCUAGUUUGAAAACUUGCGAAGUUGACGGAAAAACGUAUAAGGAAGGUCAACCAUUUGAGCCGGCGAACACUCGCAAGUCCUGUAUCUGCACGGCCCAGUGGAACGGUUCUUAUGACGACCCAUCCACCUGCAGAGAUAUCAAUUGCGGCCUGGAAAUCCAUUAUCAAGAUAAAAUAUUUGAAAACUGCGCUCCUAUCUUCAUUGGAAACAUGAAGAGUUGUCCAAUUGCCUUUCAAUGUCCAACCGACACAUCGAAAGUCAUUCGUGGUCUUAAUCUCAAAAGUGUCAACGCACAGUGCUCCUUCGGCAACAUGACCCUCAGUGUUGGUGACGAAGUGACGGUUGACGAGAAAUGCACCAAGUGUUCCUGUGACAAGCCGCCUUUCGUUUCAUGUCUGAGGAAGAAUUCCUGUGACGAAUAAUAUGCCUAAUAAAUUACUGAUAUAACGUAUGAACAGUAUUUCAAAAUUGAUAUAUCGGUAAAUAAAUAAAAUGAUCGCAAUUAAAUACAUUAAAUAUUCAACCUAAACAAUAAUUACAACAACAUUUUGAAUAAAAUUUGUUUAUUUUUGAUUAAACAUUACAAAAGUAAAAAUCUUAUAAUUAAACACAGAUAUAAUUUUAUAUAUAUUUACGGCUAUAUACGUUUUAUUUAAAAUUACAAUAGUUUAAUAUAUUUGGCGAGGUACGACUCUUAUUAGGCAAUAAUCUAAAUAAAAUAAGGAAUAUUUACAAUUAUGUACAAAGCACACAGCCUAAGAGGAUCUUUGUAAAUUAUUCUAAAAUGUUGUGACGACUUAGAAAAAAUUAUACAUUGUUAAGUACUAAGUACAAUGUUAUGCUAAAAUUAUUGUUAAUUAUUAUUAUAAAAAUUAUACAAUUAAGCACUUUG